GGUGCGGUCAUACUCCUGUGUGCAAGAAAAGCAGCCGGUCAGUAUUUCUGGUCACUGGUUUGGCAAAAAACGCACCAGCAGGAGUCACCAUGUCUUUGGAUCUGACCGAAGCUUUAGGUGGGGGUGAGGAGGUGAAGAAGGAUGAUGCUCAGAAAAAUGAGUUUAAGUUUCCCUGGAGCAAGGACAAGGAUAAAGACAAGGUUAAGGGAGACAGCAAGGACAAGUCCGACAGCAAGGACAAGUCUGACAAAAAAGACAAGUCUGACGAAAAGGACAAGUCCGACAAAAAGGACAAGUGUGACAAAAAGGACAAGUCUGAUGAAAAGUCAAAGGAUGGAGACAGCAAAGACCACAAGAGCAAGAACAAGAAGAAAAAGGAGAAGAAAGAGGGAAAUGAAUCUGGCUCAUCCUCAUCCUCAUCUUCUUCUUCAUCCUGCAGCAGUGAUGAGGGUUAAUGCCUCCUGCAGGAACCGGACUGCUCUACUGGUCUCUAGUGUCUAUUAACUGAAUGACUGUGUGGUAGCUGGCCGACCGCCUGCUGAUCGUUUCUAAACAAAUCUGCUGAUUCACUGAAGUAAAUGUUUUGACACAAAAAUGCCUGCAGGAUUUCUUUUCCCCCAUCAAUGUCUUCUGUUAAGUAAAGUAUGUUUUCUUUACCACGAGAUGGCAGUGUAAUCUGUUUUCAGGUCAAACACAGUUCUAGUCUCAAGUUUUAUUUUCAAGAUUUACAUUGUAAGGGUACAAAAAUAUAGAUGAUGCUGUUUGUCAUUGUAAUUGAUUGAAAUGGAUUCACUUAAGUAAGAGAAUAAAUAAAGCAGGUGUCUGUUAUAAUAUGUCUUUUUUUAAUGGAAAACCUCAGUCUUCACUGAAUGUGUAAUGAGAGCUGAGAGCUUUAUUUGACCGUUAAUCAAGAUAAUGCACAACCAAAAAAUGGAAAAUAGCAACAUUUGCUACAAAAUAAAAAGGAGUGUGCAUCAUCAAACAGCA